AUGGGCGGCGUGCCGCGCAAUCGCGUGUGCCACCGCUCGCCCCGUAUCGGCACCUCCACCAACCUCACCCUCUAUGAGGGGUCCCUCUCCUCGGCGAACGACUUCUCGCUGCCCGCGCUGCUGAGCGACGACUUUCUCCGCGCGGUGCGGUGCACCUUUCGGCCGCGCCUCGCGCCGCUUGCGCGGUUCUGGGGCUCGAGGCGGCCGACCGUGGCGCUGCAUGUGCGGCGCGGGGACGUGCACACCUCCAACUCGCGCGUCGCAAGGUCGGUGUACACGCAUCACUACGUCGCCGAUUCCGCGUACCUCGACAUCAUCGGCGUGGUGCUGCGGCGCUACCCGUCGGCGGACGUGCACGUGUGGAGCUCGGCCGAGGGCUUCUACACGAACGCCUCGUUCGAGCCGUUUGCGCGCGCCGGCGCGACGCUCCACAUCGACACCGACGAGAUGGAGGCGCAGGCGCACUUUGCGACGGCCGAUGUCUUUGUGAUGGGGAGGAGCUGCUUCUCGUUGCUGCCCGCGCUGCUCAACCCGAACUGCGUCGUCGCGACGGUGCACGGCUCGAACAAGAUGACGGACGAGGCGCUCGUCCGCGCCGUGCCGCACGGGAUGGCGCUGUCGGGCGGGCGGGCGGGCGAGGAGCUGCUCGGGUGCAUGCGGGAGCGAGGGUGGUGA